GACUCCACCCUUGCCUUCACCGCGACCAGGACAGUGCUCCCGUCCCCAAAGACAAACAAACAGGGCAAGCAGCAAGCACACGCCUCUCCCUCCUCGCCCUGCCUAGCUGCAUUCCCCCACACCUCCCCUCGACACAGACAAGCCAAUCUAGCAAAGCACACAGCUGAAGCAGACAACACUCGUCGGAGGAGGAGAUCCAGUAGCACCAAAUAAUGGGGAGGGCUCCGUGCUGCGAGAAGAUGGGGCUCAAGAAGGGGCCAUGGACGCCCGAGGAGGACAAGAUCCUGGUCAACCACAUCCAGAGCUUCGGCCACAGCAACUGGCGCGCGCUGCCCAAGCAAGCCGGGCUGCUGCGGUGCGGCAAGAGCUGCCGGCUCCGGUGGAUCAACUACCUGCGCCCGGACAUCAAGCGCGGCAACUUCAGCAAGGAGGAAGAGGACGCCAUCAUCACCCUCCACGAGCAGCUCGGCAACAGGUGGUCCGCGAUCGCCGCCAGGCUGCCCGGGCGGACGGACAACGAGAUCAAGAACGUCUGGCACACGCACCUCAAGAAGCGGCUGGAGCCCACCACCAAGCCGGAGGAGCAGCACGGGGCGCAGGCAGGUGGCGCCGGCAAGAAGCACAGGCCCAAGCGCGGGGCCGCCAAGAAGACGACGGCCGACGACGUCGCCGUCGUCCCAGCUACCACCGCGCCGGUGUCGCCUGAACGGUCGCCGGCCUCGUCGUCGGUGACCGAGUCGUCGUCCAUGACGGAGCAGGAGCAGGAGCAGGGCAACACGGGGAGCUCGGCCGGCGGGUUCCCCAUCAAGGAGGAGAGCUUCACCUCCUCCGCCUCGGACGCCGAGGAGUUCCAGUUCGACGACACCUUCUGGUCGGAGACGCUGUCCAUGCCGCUCGAGAGCUUCGACGUCCCCAUGGAGCCCUACGACGCGUUGGGCGCGUCGUCGGUUGGCGCCGACGGCGACUUGGACUACUGGCUCGGAGUGUUCAUGGAGUCCGGCGACGUGCACCAAGAAUUGCCGCAGAUUUAGACCGCGCGCGCGAGAGGAAUUUUCAGUUCCUUGGCUAAUUGAUUCAUGGUUCUUUUCCUCUCCCUCUGCACACGUCUUGCAUCGGAGGGGACAUAGCCAAUUAACAGAGGAGGGAGAGAGAGAGAGUCUCCACGACGAAAUUAGGCAGAAAUUAAACAACGCGAGAAGAUAUCUAUCUUGUUUGCCCUCUUGUAUAUAAAGAUCGAUCGACAAGAUAUCGGUGAUCGAAGCCUAUGCUAUGCAAUCCAUCUGAGAAGAAUUCUUUUGCAGCUGUGCAUGCAGAUUUCGAUGUACAGUAGUGAAGGAUCACAAGAAAUGGACUCGGGCUCUUGCAAUUUCUUGAUUCA